AACAGACUUUGUUUAUCCAGCCUGCUCUGUCUGAUGAAAUGCUCUCCUGCUAGUUGACCCGCUCCACUCGUGUUAUUCCACUCUUCCCAGCCGUGGACGCUGAGAGGAGCUAAAAUCCUGCAGCUCACGCCACAUCAGUUUACAUACGUGUUCUUUGUUGUCUUUGUAAUUUAAUUUUUUUUUGUUCUCUUCGGCUGCAGCUCAAACACACACAGGGUCAUAACGACUCGUGCAUUAUUAUCUCCCCUCCUCUACGUUAUUUGUCAGUACACUUGAUUUUGCAGGACGUUGCUCCCUCCGUGCGUGCAGACGUGUGUGUGUUUGCGUGGAUUUGUUGCAGCUGAAGGAAGGAGGAUUUUUUUUUUAUCGAGCACGCCAUGGCGACUGAAGUGGAUACGUGGCCUGCUGGUUCCAAAGCCGACGGGAUGCCGUCUUGCGAUGGCGGCCUGGCAGAGGCUCACCGUCCCUGCAGCGACGAUGACGACGCGCUGAUCGAGGCCGAGUUGAACGGCAACUGGACGCCCCAGGAGAAAGCGCUCCACGAGGCGCGGCUCAAAGCCAAAGCCAAGCGUCGCCUGCGCAAGUCCUCGUCCCGCAACUCGACCAGUGACUCCUUUUCGGAGUCUGGAGACGUGGCAGGAAGUGAUCCGAACAGUCCAAAAGGCAAAGUUGCCACCAGCGACCGCAAAUCCAGGAUGGGCAAAGGCAGAGGCCUGCCAAAAAAAGGUGGGGCAGGCGGUAAAGGAGUUUGGGGAGCUGCUGGGAUGGUUUAUGAAGUGGAGGAACCUGAUGCACGGGACCCAAACUAUGACGAAGCUGCUCAGGGAGACACGGUUUAUGCAACAGUUGUGCCAGAGGUGGAUGAGAAGGAACUGGAAAAAAUGGUCAACCCCAUUGUGCAGGAAUACUUUGAACAUGGGGACACCAAAGAGGUCCAGUUGUUGCUGAAGGAGCUCAACCUUGGUCACCACAGGUACGAGUUCUCCUCCCUGGCUGUGUCUCUGGCCCUUGAAGGCAAGGCCAGCCACCGAGAGCUGACCUCCCGCCUGCUGUCUGAUCUGGUGGGGAAGCCGCUGUCACAGAGUGAAAUGGCCCGUGCUUUUGACAAGAUUCUGAAAGAGCUGCCAGACCUCAUACUGGACACACCGGAGGCUCCGCAGAUGUUGGGCCAGUUCAUUGCCAGAGCCAUAGCGGACCAUGUUCUCUCCAUGUCUUUCCUGGACUGUUACAAAGGCAAAGUGGACUGUGAGCAUGCCAGAGUUGCUUUGGACCGUGCUGCAGUGCUGCUGACAAUGAAGAGGGAGAUGGUUCGUUUGGAUAAUGUGUGGGGCGUGGGUGGAGGCCUGAGACCUGUCAAACAUCUUGUUAAAGAGAUGAACCUCCUCCUCAAGGAGUACCUGAUAUCAGGAGAUGUGUUGGAGGCAGAGCACUGUCUGCGGGACCUGGAAGUCCCUCACUUCCACCAUGAGCUGGUCUAUGAGACCAUAGUGAUGGUGCUGGAGUCUAAAGGCGACACUGCCAGUCACAUGAUGAUAAAGCUGCUUCAGUCCUUCUGGAAAACAGGCCUCAUCACUGUGGAUCAGAUGAACAGGGGCUUCCAGCGUGUUUACAAUGAACUCCAGGAAAUCAGCCUGGAUGUACCACAUGCACACUCUAUCAUGGAGACCUUUGUGGACCUUUGCUACCAGGAGUCUGUCAUCACCAAACAGCUGAGGGAUACCUGUCCCUCCAGAGGACGAAAGCGUUUUGUCAGCGAAGGAGAUGGAGGAGUGAUCAAGAACUAGAGCUGGAGGAAGAAGAAGAAGAAGAAGAGGAGGAGGAGAAGUGCGUGUGCAGCUUCCAGCAUGUUUUCCUAAAAUUGGGCAUGCAGGUGGUAUAAAGUUCCCUCAUUCCUCUACUCCAUAAUGUUGUUGUCACUCAAACCAGCGUUGACGUUCGGUGAAAGUAGACUGAAGAGUGCCCUGGGCGUUCAGUUCCCUUCAUCUUGUUAAUCACUGUUUUUGACAUUUUCUAAGAAUAUUCUUUAUUUGGGGGUUGAUGCGCCCCUGCUGCCUUAGUCUUUGUACCUGUUUGUCAAGAAUAAUUCAAGUUGGAGCAGCAGAAGAUGGAAGGCUGGACGGUAUGGGUUUUGUGGGACAUGAGUUUGGGUGAUUUGUCUCUUGCUUCGCUUAACCUGUUGCUACUUUUUUUCACCUCAUGUUAUGCGCUAAAAAAAAGCACUUAAAAGACAGAGCCAACUGCACAGUCAGCAAGCACUUGGUAAAUUAGCUCAACAAGGAUCUAAACCUGCGAUAUUAAAAAAAAAACAAGUUCCAGAAAUGCCAUACUUUUUUUUCACUGCUUCUAUUGUUCCUUUAUGAACAGUGUUUUGCCUUUUUUUUCCUGGGGUCAGAUUUUCACUUUGUACAGCACAGUUAUCAAAGCAAGAAGUGUUUGGGCACUGUUUGGGUGUUGUAUUUCUUUAGGGCAAAUAUUAUGCUUUGGAUGCCAUUCAUUAAAAUAAAAGAAACGGGGGUUAAUGUGUAUAAAAAAAAUUGAAUAAGCAAUAAUUUGCUUAAAACUAAUGUAUCAGCUGUCACAUAGUCAGCUGUGGGCUUUGGACAGGUAUCCUUAUGUAAAGGCAGACUUGCUCUGGAAAAUUAUUCUGAAACGAUUUUUUUUCAAACGUGUUAUUUGUUUAAAAAGGCAACUCUAAUACAUCUGUUCAGGCUUCAUUGCCACUGUCUGUAAAAGUUUUACAUAUUGACCAGUUAAUAAUAAUGUGGAUAAGAAAUAUAUUUCAUUCAUUAAAAAGGCAUCAAAAUACA